CUUGGCAUCUCUUGUCAGAUCCUACCUCCCACUUGCCUCAUCCAACGGCUCACAUACUCUCUCGUCUCUCAUAUAUAUCCGUUCAUUUCUCUUCUCUUUCAUUUGUAACAGAGACACAAACCUAAAAAGAGAAAAACACAGAGAAAUUUAUCAUGAACGUCUUGGAUUCUCCUCUUGAAGCUUUAGCUUUUGAUUAUGCGAGCUUUGGAAUCUUUACGGUUGUUAAUAAUCUAUGGACGUGGGUCGCUCUUAUCACCGCCGCUAUUAGCUUCUGGAGGAUUAGAACUUCCGGUGCCGGCGGCGUUGUCUCCUCCUCGUCGCUCAAAUCGGAACCACUGUCUUCGGUCAAUUGCAUUGAUUGCCAUGGCAAUAAGUCUCGGACGGUUAUUGAAAAAUCGGCAAUCAAGUCAGUUAUAGAGCCAUCAAAACAACCGGUGCCAGCAGCAGCAACAUCAAAACGAUUAAAACCGGCUUCAGCAAGGCCGUCAGUUUUUGAAAAUGACGGAGUUAUCAAAGCGAAGUUUGUCGUAUAUUACGAAGAUGAUAGAGAAGGUGAAGGUAACGGUGACUGUGAGGAGUACUCAACGGUGGUUGGAGAGUGGGAAAACGGAAGUGGUUAUGGAGAGUGGAGGGAGAGUUGGGAGAAAGUGUUGAGAAUAAGAAUGGGAGACAUGGACUGGUACAGGUACCAGGAUUUGACGGCGAUAAACGGCAAUGUAGUUAGGUUAUGGGAUGGCUUUAGAAGAAAAAGUACAGCUCAGGCUGUGUUGUUUUGGUAAUUGGUAGGUGGAUUAGGGCGAUGAACAUGAUUGAAGCUUUUUCUUAAUUAGUUUGUGGAUUAAAUUAAGUUCCUAAAAAUGUAAAUAUAUUGUUGUUGUUAAAGAAAACUUUCCAAAGAUAUUGCCUUUUUUA